GUGUUAGUGGUUUAUGAGAAGCAGUUUUUUAAAUAGUACUUGGUUUUAAAUUGGUAAUGCAGCAAUUUACUCUGGAAGAAGAUAUACUGGUUUCCCACCAGAAAAUUUGUUCUGGUCAAAUUCUUGGGUUUGUCGUUUACAUAAACUUCGCAAAGAAUCGCUGCUUGUUGGAAAGGAACUCAGAGAUAUCAGUAAACAACACAAAACCAUAUGAAACGUUGUUUAACUUGUUAAAAGAUGGCGAACCGAGAAUUAUCGUGGUCAAAGUAAACGCAGAGGUCGAGUCUGGAACUGCUUUUUCUGAAACAUGGGUAGCUCUUUGGCUGGGCGCGAGUGGUGUCCCAGUUUAUGAUGAACCAAAACUAAAGCAAGCGGCUCAGGAUAUACACAGCCAGCUUGGAACUUCUGGCUUUUUAACUCUUGGUGGAAAUGAUGCAAUGCAACUGGCAGAGCGAGUGACUGAAAUAUGUAGAAAACGCGUUACAAGAUUACAUGCAACGCCUCUUGCUUGGUCUAAAAAAGGGGGCUACACUUGCUGCUAGGUGGCACACAAGAGCUAUAUAUGUCAAUGGAGUGAAUGCCUGACAGUGGUAUCUUAUGUUUUAAGUGGACCCCAAAGUAAGAUUUCACUAAAAGGAGGUCUGAGAGUUUUUAAUCUGAAACUUGUAUCGUUGAUUAUUAUUUAUUUUUACAAAACAAUUACAAUGCUUUCUUUCUGUAAUUAUAGUAGAGUGGGGGGGAAAUGGGACACUUUUAGCACAUAAUAUCCAAAUAUCCUGAUCGUGUUUUAAACAAAUAACAACGGUCUAUGGGAGUCGUGAGGAUACGGAUUUAUAAUUGUUUUAAUGUUCUUUGUUUACUACCAAAUGGGACGAGAAAUUAAAAUAAAAGGCUGUUCUGCAUCUUCCCCCAUCCUACUAUAUAUCACCUUAGCAUUAGUUUUUAUGCCCACUGCUUGCAUAUUAAAUACUAGUUUUUGAUUUGUAUAUAUAUGUUUUUUUAUGACGAAACGUUUUUUUAGCCCGCUAUAAAUUGUAUUUCAGGCUCAGACAUUUACUGACGCAUUUACACAUGAAUCAUUGUAGUUUUACAUUAGUAAAUCAUACGUUUUUUUCUUGUAAGUAUUGAAUAUCAGAGCAUUAUACACGUUAUAGUUUAAACAUUGGCGUUAUAUGUAUGUGAUUCACUGGUACAGGUUUAUGUUUACACCACAAUUGCACAUUGUAUAGUACUGUGGGGUAAAAUGUGACAUCUUUAGCACAUAAUAUCCUAAUAUCCUGAUUGUAUUUUAAACAAUUACCAACGGUCUAUGGGAGUCGUGAGGAUACAGUUUUAAAAUUCUUUAAAUGUUCUUUCUUUACUAUCAAAUGGGACGAGAAAUAGAAUAAAAGUGUGUCCCAUCUUCCCCCACCCUACUAUAUAGGCAUAUAGUAAUAUGUGGCCCAUGAAACACACAUUGGUUUAUAAGAUAACAUAUGAGUGUACUUGUACAUGGUAAUAAAUAACAGGACCUCAAAAUAGACAGAACCUA